AUGCAGGCCCGAACGCGACGGAGGUCGGAGAGGUCGUUGACAUCUCCUCUGAUGAGAGUGGACAGGAGGACGCGAGUGAGGAGGAGGAGGGGAGGUGUCCACGGACGAGGACAACGUGACGCGGCGAGCUGCGAGGGACCGGAUGGUCUUCCGCCGGUUGAGCAGGGCGACGGCAGGGCUCGGGAGGAUCUGCCUAGGGCAGAUACCACCGUCGGGCAAGCCCAAGGUGUGGGACCGCAUCCUGGAAGCGCGGGCGGUCACUGUCCGCCAAUGGGAGGCCCGGCGGGUGGCGAGGAGGGCAGUAUUCGCCGCGUGGAAGCAGAGGCUGAGGGACGCCGAGGCAGAGGAGGCCGUACUGAGCAGCCGCAGCCGCCACCACGUGCGCCGACGCCACCACCACGAUCGCCGUCGCCGCUACCCCGAUCACCAUCGCCGCCGCCGAGGCAGCAUACGGUCACGUGGACGUGGCCCGCGCCCGAAGAGGCAGCGGAGGAGGCCCGAUUGCGGGAGGCAAUCGAGGCCAUCGAUCGGCAGCGCCCACCGCCGUUUAACCCGCGCGAUCCCAAAGCCAAGUCGGAGAAACGCGUCGCGGAGACGGCCGAUCGCGAGGAGCUGAAGGCUACGCCCGAGGAGGAGCGAGAGGCCCAGGAGGUUCUGGAGAAGGGGCCGUGGGAGUGGCCAUCAACGCCGGAUACGUCGCGGGACGCGGCUCCACCCCCGAGGCUCGCGUGGCAGACCUCGUGCCCGGAGCCGCGAGCCCCAAAGACUGCGGAGACAGCAGUCGGAGGGCGCGGAACCGUGGUCGGAGGUUCCGGAGGCGGAGUGGCCGGCGCGGGUGGCCAAAGAAGCACGACGGCAGCGAGGGAGGCGCAGGAAGGACAGGUGGGCCAAGCACAUGCUGGACGAGGAGAGCUCUACUAA